GGUGCAUCACAAAAAGGGAACAUUCAGCCAUUACACUGCGAUGAGGUGUGCCGGAGAUUUUGCAUAGAUUAUCAAGCAAUCAAGAAGUCACUAAAAAUAUCUGGAGUUGCUGAGCACACCUUUGCGCAUAGGUGUCUGGGUGUGGGUGGCUGGAUUCUUUGGGUUCUAUACUGUUCUGGGGGUGUAGCUAUAGGUUCUUUUCUAUUACUUUGGGUGUAACUAGAGUAGUUUCUUUUUGUAUUUAUCCUGAAAAUGACGGCUCAGGUAGACUACCUGGCGGUGUUGUUCACGACCACAUCUGGCGCGAGCGGAGACCUCUUGGGUUCGGACGAGACGGAGCUCGAGCAGUUGGUGUGGCAGCUCGUGGACUUGAAGAACAAAAAGUUGGGAAAGGUGAAUGAGGUGUUAAUAAGGCCUGAGCACUCGGACCUUACAGAAGAUUGUCUGGGGGAGAGAGAGGACAGCGAGGAGUCUGUCUCUACAGUCACAGGCUUGGAGAACGCGAUAAACCAGUUCCAUCUGAGAUUGACCAAUGAGGUGAACAGCUUAGGCGCGGGCACGUCAGUGUGUGUGUGUACGGACGGGCAGCUCCACAUUCGCCAGGUUCUCCACCCCGAAGCUGCGGGCAAGAACCUGGCACUGCCAGAAUGUUUCAACUCCUUUUUUGACCUGAGGAAAGAGUUCAGGAAGCACUUCCCCUCUGUAGACACCAAGAGCCUGGAGGUGCAGUACAUGGCAGAAUCUCUCAGUGUAACUGUGGAGCCAGUAGCCAUAUUGGAGCCGCCGACCGUACUGGAUCCAACGGCCGUGUUGGAUCCGACGGCAAUGUUGGAUCCGACGGCCAUGUUGUCACCGGUCACAGCAGCACUGCAGGUCCAGACCAUGGCCAACAUCGUUCUAGCCCUGCUAUUGGAACCCUUAUGUCACACAUUCUCAAACCCAGAGAGAGUCACUGAGAAGUUUGAAAGUGGCACUUGCAGUAAGAUGGAGCGUGUGUGUGACAACACAGUGAUCAGAGCGAGGGGGUUGCCGUGGCAGUCAUCUGACCAGGACAUCGCUCGCUUCUUCAGAGGACUCAACAUUGCCAAAGGUGGUGCUGCGUUGUGUCUGAACGCCCAGGGUCGGAGGAACGGAGAGGCUAUGGUCCGCUUCAUCAGUGAAGAGCACAGAGACAUGGCCCUGCAGAGACACAAACACCACAUGGGCAACAGAUACAUAGAGGUGUACAAGGCAACAGGAGAGGACUUCCUUAAGAUAGCAGGCGGUACCUCCAGUGAGGUGGCGUUGUUUCUGUCUCGCGAGGACCAGGUGAUUGUCAGGAUGAGAGGUCUUCCCUUCACCGCCACACCUGACCAGGUGCUGGCCUUCUUCUCCCAGGGGGAGGGGCCUAAAGAGGCGUGUCCUGUCAGUGGUGACAAGGAUGGCAUCCUAUUUGUGCGUUUCCCUGAUGGAAGGCCGACAGGCGACGCCUUUGUCCUAUUCGCCAGUGAGGAGCAUGCUCAGUGCGCUCUCAGGAAACACAAAGACAUCCUGGGAAAGAGAUACAUUGAGCUGUUCAAGAGCACCGCCGCCGAGGUGCAACAGGUGUUGAACAGGUACACGUCAGCCCCUCUGAUCCCCGUGGCUCCAGCCCCCCUGGUGUCAAUGUUGCCCUCUGUGUCUCUGUUGCCCUCUCCUGGUGGUGUGAGGGACUGCCUCAGGCUGAGGGGGCUGCCCUACACCGCCACCAUAGAGGACAUACUGGCUUUCCUAGGAGAAUACACACACGACAUCAGACCACACGGAGUACACAUGGUGGUCAACCAACAGGGUCGUCCGUCAGGGGACUGUUUCAUCCAGAUGCGUUCAGCAGAGCGGGCUUUCUCUGCCUCCCAGCGGGUCCACAAGCAGGUGAUGUCUGGUCCGGGCCAGGCUGGCAAGCGAGGGGUUAACAGCCGCUAUGUGGAGGUGUUCCCCUGUAGCGCUGAAGAGAUGGGUCUGGUGUUGAUGGGAGGCUCCCUCUCACACACACACAUUCACACACACACCCGGACCAGGAGUGGGACAGGGCUCAGCCCGCCGCCAUGUAAGUCCAGACGUCUGUCUCCUCCCUCCUACUCCUUCCCACCCAUCCCUUCCAUCAUGCCGGCUGAGGCUGCCGGCCUCUUCCCUCCCAUUGGGCAGGUGCUGCUGAGUCCCCGCCCCCUAGGACCUGGACACGCCUACUACCCAGCUAGCACUCAGCUCUACAUGAACUACACUGCAUACUAUCCCAGUCCCCCAGGUUCUCCCAACACUAUAGGUUACUACCCCUCCCCCACCCCUCUGCCCUCCCCUGGGGGAGUGGUCCGUAUGCAUGGCCUUGCCUAUAAAGAACUGCUCAACACCAUUCAGGGAUACCAGUACGCUACUGAGGAUGGCCUUGUGCACGCUCAUGCUAACAUGCACGAUCACGAUCCCUCCCGGACCCUGCUCACGCAGCCCAAAGAGUGGGUGUGUUUUUAAGGGGUGUGUCCUAGGCAGGCGGAAGAGUCCUAUGGAGGCAUUGCCUGUACUGAGCAGUAUGAUUGGUCAGUCCAGCAGCGGUGAUGCUCUGAUGCCCUUCCCCCCUCUCCUGACCAAGCAGGGAGGGCACUACCUGGACCUAAACAUGCUGUAGAAGGCUCAAAGAUCCACACACUGACACUCACUACCCACACACUAUACCAGGGGUGUCAAACUCAUUUUACCCCAAGGGCCACAUUGGGGUUUCACCCAGAUCUGGAGGGCCACAGUGAAAAGUGGUUAUAUUUCCUUUUUUUUAUAUAAGACAUGGCUCUCUAUAUUAAACUGUGCCGAAAGUUUGACACUCCUUCACCACAAUAUCACACACAUGCACGCACCCCCCCCCCCCCCCCAAGGACAUGUGGGGGAAUGUCCUGGCCUCCAGCUCUGAUGUGUGUUCCCUGUCUUGAGUUUUGUGGUAUAUACAGUGUAUAUGCUUGAGAGCAGAAAUGUAUUUUAUAUCAGAGCUUUGCCUCAGCCAAACAGCAGCUCUGUCUUAUAUUGCACAUAGUAUUUUAAAAAAGCUUUCUAGAGAGACGUUAUAAGAUGUUACAACCACUUCAGGAGACGUCUGUUAGAAGUAGAGCUGCGUUUAGUACAAAUUAUUCAUCUGAACCUUCAUGACUUGCAUGCAUUUGUGUAUGUGUGUAAGUGCUUGUGAAUGUGUGUGUGUGUGUGUAUAAGUGUGUGGAUGUGUGCGUAAGUGCGUGAGAGAGAGAGAGGAUGUGCAUAGUGCACUACUCUCUCUAGAUACUAUAUGUAUAUAUUUUAUUUUAUACUGUCUGUCUAAAAACAUAUUACAUUUUAUUUCUUUAUACUUUCUAUAAUUUUACAAUCCAAUACUAGAACGUUGUAUUAGGAAGCCUCCUGCAUGAAGAAGUUAGUAGUGCUAGCUACACUCAGAUGUUUACAUGUUAUGGAAAAUAUAAAGCACUGCUAACCAAUCAGAUUACUAUACAGAUUAUACUGUAUAUCAACAGCAUAGUGUCUGACAUAAAAGUUACAUGUCAAAUGCUGAAUCACUCCCACACCCCUCCCAUCUAACCUGUUUAUGUUUGCCUAGUUCCACUCC